CUCUCUCUCUCUCUCUCUCUCUCUCUCAUGGCAUCCUUCCAUUGCUGGUCCACGAACAUCCAAUAAUGGGGGAGCCAAGAUACGCAACCACCGCUUCGUCCGAUGACCGCUGGCGCACAAAGGCAGCUCCUUCGCCGCCGCCACCUCCCCGUCAGCCGCUCUCCCUAGUCCAGCCGUCCCAGAAGAAGAGGCACAAGACCAAGGUGUUCCACGUCUUCCGCUCCGUGUUCCGGUCGCUCCCAAUCAUAACCCCGGUGUGCAAGUUUCCGACGCUCCCGAUGGGUAUCCCCGACACCCACCGGACGAUCUCGGGGGCCCGCGUGACCGGCACGCUAUUCGGGUACCGGAAAGGGAGAGUCAGCUUGUCCUUGCAAGAGACCCCCAGAUGCCUCCCCACGCUGGUGGUGGAACUAGCCAUGCAGACCAGCGUGUUACAAAAGGAGCUGAGCUCAGGCAUGGUGAGAAUCGCCCUAGAAUGUGAGAAGAGACCGGACAAGGACAAGACCAAGAUUUUAGAUGAGCCCUUGUGGACCAUGUAUUGCAAUGGGAAGAAGUCCGGAUACGGGGUCAAGAGGGACGCCUCGGAGGAGGACCUGAACGUGAUGGAGCUCCUCAAGGCCGUGUCGAUGGGCGCCGGGGUUUUGCCAGGCAACUCCGACGUGGAGGGACCCGACGGUGAGCUGGCCUACAUGCGGGCACACUUUGAGCGGAUCGUCGGGUCGAAGGACUCGGAGACGCUUUACAUGCUGAGCCCGGAGGGCAACAAUGGGCCUGAGCUUAGUGUAUUCUUUGUGAGGAUUUGAGUUUGAUGUGUAAUGAUAACGAAAUCAUCUAGUGAAGGGUUACAAAUGAUCGUGCGAGGCUGCAUCGGGUGAUGGCUGUGUAUUCUUCAUCGUCAGCUUCACGGCAAGAACAAGCGAUGGAUCAUAACUUGGAUGAACAAGGUAGAAAAUGAGGGCCAGGGGAGUGAAGAGAGUUCAAGGGGAAGGCAGUGCUUAAUGAAUCAUUCAAUCUAAGACAACUUUUCUUAUAGAUCUACGUAGAAAGAAAGUCUUUUUAUGUAAUUCUCUUUUUGUGUAUUGUCCAUGGUCAUGAACAACAAAGAAAGAAGUUUGACAUGUGUUUAAAUUCUCAUCGUGUAGUUGUCGGCUUGUGGCUUUACCCAGAUUUUCUCUCAUCUCAAUCGUAUUUCUUUGUGUUUUUCGAUA